AUGAUAAUAAUGCCAGAUUACUCUCCCGGGAUGAACGGCAUCAUCAUCGGUCUGUUAUCGUCCUUCGGGUCGGCGAUACUGAUCGGUUGCUUCUUCCUUAUCUUCUACUUCUUCCGCUACACAACAUCAGGGCGCAUCUUCCUCGACCGCAUUGGUCGACCGGGCGAAUACGAUGACGAACAACAGUUCUUGCGGGAGGAGACCGAGGCCCUCGAGACGAUGGAUGAUAUGCAACGGACAGAAUACUUGAGGGCAAAAGCCUUUAUCGCUGCCAACCCACCCGAGUCCCUGCAGACAGACAUCUCGCUUUCCCAAUAUCUUGCCAUACAGGAGAAGGGGGUGGCGGCCUGGGAGUUUGAGCCGGAGCUAGAAAUCGCCAACUGCUUUGUCGAGGCCCGCACCGAGAUCGAGUUCUUCGAUUCUGAAUGCACCGUCAUGAGCAACCUGCCGGUACCGAAGCAGAAUGAGGUUUACUACUGGGAGGCCAAGAUUUACGAUAAGCCGGACAACACGUUGAUCAGCAUAGGAAUGGCUACCAAGCCGUAUCCUCUGUUCAGGCUUCCUGGCUUUCACAAGUACUCUGUCGCGUAUCUAUCCAACGGAACCCGUCGCUACAACCAACCCUUCAACGCUACUUCUUACGGUCCUCAAGUCGUUCAAGGCGAUGUUAUUGGUGUCGGUUACCGCCCCCGAAGUGGCACGGUUUUCUUUACUCGAAACGGAAAGAAGUUGGAGGAUGUGGUACACGGCCUGAAGUCGCAAAACUUCUUCCCCUCGAUCGGCGCGAACGGACCCUGCAUUGUUCAUGUCAACUUUGGUCAAGCUGGCUUUGUCUUCAUCGAAGCCAAUGUUAAAAAGUGGGGUCUCGCUCCCAUGACUGGGUCGCUCGCACCGCCACCGCCAUAUGGUUCGGAGCAAGGGAGCAUUCUCCUCGAGGCCGGCACCAAGGAUGGGUUCACCAGCACAGUUGGGCGUGGUCGCGGGUAUAGCCAUCCCGUACAGACUUAUUCUAGGCAAGGAUUGGCUGGAGCCGACUCUGGUCAUAACCGCACACGAUCAGGCAACUUCCGAAUGUUCCCACCGACGAGCCCCGGACCCGUUCGCAGCCCGACAGAUAUCUCGCUUGCUCAUUUGGUACCCACUGAGGAUGCAGGCGAACCUAGCAGUAGCGCUGCAGCGUUGGUCAAUCAAGAUGGGCAGCCUAUAAGUGGUGGUGGAUUCCUCAAUCCGGAUCAGCCACCUCCCGAGUAUACCAGCCCUGCCAACUCUCGACCGGGAAGCAGGAGGAACAGCUCUGAUAGCGAAAACACUCCUCUCAUCCAACUCAGUGGCAGGAGUCGAGGUGCCUCGUCGGCCACAACAAGGCCAAUUCCGAGCGGUGGAAGCAACACCAGGCCAAGGGCAGGUUCUCAUAGGCCGUCGAGCCCCCCAAUUCCGAGCUAUCAGGAUGCCGUUCGACAAGGCGCUGGACGUGAUAGGAGUGACAGCACAAGAAGUGCAAGGGACUCAAGCUAA